CUUCUGAACAACGAAAUAACGCGCCGUUUAUGCGACAAACCACUUUAAAGUCCGAUGUAGCCUGUAUUCAAAUGUACGUGUUCACGGUGUAUCUGUAGAAACAUGAGUGGUUUCUAAUUCUAGUCGUCGUGAGAGAUUCCGCCUGAUUACCAGUCAACAUUCACUGAAGUGCGUGGAUUUAUCCAGGAAGUAGACGCAUACAGACCGUGUGUGUGCUCGAUACGCAGAGAUGGAUCAGAGGAACAUCCAGCAGGAGUUUGAGGAGCAGGUCAACGAUGUGGUUUCCAGACUUCAGUCCAAGCAUUUCUUCCAGUCUGACUGGGACAUCGCUUCUUUUGCAGUCUUCUUCAUCUUCAUCGGUAUGGUUCUGCUGCUGGUCAUCCUGGUUAUCAUCCGCUGCUGCUGCUGCUGCUGCUGCGACGAGCAGAAGCCCAGAAGACGGAAGGUUGGCAUAGAGAACGUGGCUCUGGAGCUCUGACAGCUGAGCUGCACUGAUCAAGUAUUGCGAAGACGACUGAUGAAGAAGUAGAGCCUCUUAGUUUGAAUCCUGUGCCAAAGCUCUAUCAGUUUUUAACAGAGUUUAAACAAGUGUGCACAUGCAGCAGUGUGAAUAUUUGUUCUCUAGCACUUUAUAACCAAUGAAAAUGUAACACACCUUAUCUUGUUGACUGUCACUGCUGUGUGGGGCUGGUUGCUUGGAUACUGCAGUGGAGCGGAAACUUUCUGCAGUCUCUGUGUCUCUGUAGAUUUGAGACGACUUCCUCUGACUUCCUCUGUUUUAAUUUGAAGGUUUUAUUUAGCAAUAAAAAUAUAAAAGGAGGAAAA